UGUAAAUUAAGGAGAGAGUUUUAUCUUAAUGAAAUGCACAAGCCUGGUGAUGUGAUUCUGGGUGGGCUGUUUGAAGUCCACUACACCUCUGUCUUCCCCGAGCUGACAUUCACCUCAGAGCCAAAUCAACUCAGCUGCCAAGGCUUUGACCCUCCAGGGUUCAGACAUGCUAUGACCAUGGCCUUUGCUAUUGAUGAGAUCAACAAAAACUCCAACCUGCUGCCUAAUGUGACUCUGGGAUACAGUUUGUAUGAUAACUGUGCCACACUUGUAAUUGGAUUCAGUGCUGCCUUGUCACUGGCCAGUGGUCGAGACGAGCAGUUUCUGCUUCGGGAGAACUGUUUGGGGACCCCUCCGGUUGUGGGGAUUGUGGGUGAUUCCUUCUCAACGUUUUCUAUUGCAACCUCUGAUGUGAUAGGUUUAUUCAGAUUGCCCAUGGUGAGUUAUUUCGCCACAUGUUCCUGCCUGAGUGAUCGCCAAAGGUUCCCAUCCUUCUUUAGAACAAUACCGAGUGAUGCUUUCCAGGUGCGUGCCAUGAUUCAGAUUCUGAAACGCUUUGGCUGGACUUGGGCAGGUCUGCUCGUCAGUGAUGAUGAUUAUGGACUCAAUGUUGCCCGAUCCUUCCAGUCUGACUUGACUCAGUCUGGUGGAGGUUGUCUGGCCUACACGGAGAUUUUGCCCUGGGGUGACAACCCAGCUGAACUAAGGAGAAUUGUGGAUGUGAUGAAGAAAUCCACAGCUCGUGUGGUCAUUGUGUUUGCACAUCAGAUCCAUAUGAUCCAACUAAUGGAAGAAGUGGUAAAGCAGAAUGUGACAGGCCUGCAGUGGAUGGCCAGUGAAGCCUGGACUGCAGCUGCUGUGCUCCAGACCCCUCGUCUCAUGCCGUACCUGGGUGGCACACUGGGCAUUGCCAUCCGUCGAGGAGAAAUACCAGGGCUCAGAGAAUUCCUGUUACAAACACGUCCAGACCUACACCACAACGAUGGGAAUAGCAUGGUGAGGCAGUUUUGGGAACACACCUUUCAGUGCAGAUUUGCUCCAUCUCCAGCAGGUUGGGUGGAAGCUGGGGGAACACUGUGCACUGGAGAUGAAGACUUAGAGAAUGUGGAUACUGAGUUUUUGGAUGUUUCUAACCUCAGGCCUGAAUACAAUAUUUAUAAGGCUGUGUAUGCUCUGGCAUAUGCUCUCGAUGACAUGCUGCAGUGCGAGCCAGGUAGAGGGCCUUUCAGCGGGCACAGCUGUGCCUCUUUGCAAAAGCUGGAGCCCUGGCAGAUUAUGUAUUACUUGGAAAAGGUCAACUUCACCACACCCUUUGGUGAUCAAGUGUCAUUUGAUGAGAAUGGUGAUGCCUUACCAAUCUAUGAUAUCAUGAACUGGCUGUGGCUCCCUGAUGGCAGAACAAAGGUUCAGAAUGUGGGGGUUGUUAAGAAGUCUCCCUUCAGAGGUGAAGAACUAACACUUCAUGAAGACAAAAUCUUCUGGAACAUUGACUCCAAACAGCCGCCCCGGUCAGUGUGCAGUGAGAGCUGUCCUCCAGGUACCCGCAUGGCCAGAAAGAAGGGGGAACCUGAGUGCUGUUUUGACUGCAUCCCUUGUUCUGAGGGAAAGAUCAGCAAUGAAACAGACUCCAUGGAGUGCACCAGUUGUCCAGAGGAUUUCUGGUCCAGUCCCCAGCGUGACCACUGUGUUCCUAAGAAAACAGAGUUCCUCUCCUACCAUGAGCCUCUGGGUAUCUGUUUGACAACUGCCUCACUGCUGGGCACAUUUAUCUGUGCUGCUGUCCUGGGCAUCUUCAUCUAUCAUCGCAGCACACCCAUGGUGAGUUAUUUUGCCACAUGUUCCUGCCUCAGUGACCGGCAAAGGUUUCCAUCUUUCUUCAGAACAAUCCCGAGCGAUGCUUUCCAGGUGGUGAAGAAGAAUGUUACGGGCCUGCAGUGGAUUGCCAGUGAAGCUUGGACAUUAGUUGAUGGACUCCAUACCCCAGCUUUCAUGCCAUACUUGGGUGGCACCCUGGGCAUUGCUAUCCGUCGUGGAAAGAUACCAGGACUCAGGGAUUUCCUGCUAAGAAUUAAUCCUGAGCAUCAUCACGGCAAUGGAUAUGAAAAUAGCAUGGUGAGACAGUUUUGGGAACACACAUUUCAGUGUAGAUUUGCUCCAGCUCCAGCAGGUUGGGUGGAGGCUGGGGGAGCAUUAUGCACUGGACAGGAAGAUUUAGAGAAUGUGAAGAGUGAGUUCUUGGAUGUGUCAGAACUCAGGCCAGAGUACAAUAUUUACAAGGCUGUGUAUGCUCUGGCAUAUGCCCUUGAUGACAUGCUGCAGUGUGAGCCAGGUAGAGGGCCUUUCAGCGGGCACAGCUGUGCCACCUUGCAAAGACUGGAGCCCUGGCAGCUUAUGUAUUACUUGGAAAGGGUUAACUUCACCACCCCAUUUGGUGAUCAAGUGUCAUUUGAUGAGAAUGGUGAUGCCUUACCAAUCUAUGAUAUCAUGAACUGGCUGUGGCUCCCUGAUGGAACAAUUAAAGUUCAGACUGUGGGUGAAGUUAAGAGGUCGAUUUUCAAAGGUGAAGAACUCACACUUGAUGAAGGCAGAAUCUUCUGGAACUUGGAAACCAAAGAGCCACCCAAGUCAGUUUGCAGUGAAAGCUGUCCUCCAGGUACCCGCAUGGCCAGGAAGAAAGGACAGCCGGUGUGCUGUUUUGACUGCAUCCCUUGUUCUGAGGGGAAGAUCAGCAAUGAAACUGACUCCAUGGAGUGCACCAGUUGUCCAGAAGAUUUCUGGUCCAGCCCCCAGCAUGACCACUGUGUUCCUAAGACAACAGAGUUCCUCUCCUACCAUGAGCCUCUGGGAAUCUGUUUGACAACUGCCUCACUGCUGGGCACAUUUAUCUGUGCUGUUGUCCUGGGCAUCUUCAUCUAUCAUCGCAGCACACCCAUGGUGCGUGCCAACAAUUCAGAACUCAGUUUCCUGCUCUUGGUGUCGCUUCAGUUAUGUUUCCUGUGUUCAUUGCUGUUUAUUGGUCGUCCCAGACUGUGGACAUGCCAGCUGAGACAUGCAGCAUUUGGAAUCAGCUUUGUACUUUGUGUCUCAUGUAUCCUGGUUAAAACCAUGGUGGUUCUGGCUGUGUUCAAGGCCUCCAAGCCAGGAGGUGGAGCCAAACUGAAGUGGUUUGGUGCUGUGCAGCAGAGAGGGACAGUUCUGGUUCUCACUUCUGUCCAAGCAGCAAUCUGCACUGCCUGGCUUGUCUCUGCUUCACCAGCACCACAUAAAAACACAGAUUACCACAAUGACAAGAUAGUGUAUGAGUGUGUAGUUGGCUCCACAGUUGGUUUUGCAGUGUUACUGGGUUAUAUUGGUUUACUGGCUAUCCUCAGCUUCCUGUUAGCAUUUCUAGCAAGGAACCUUCCAGACAACUUCAAUGAGGCCAAACUCAUAACUUUCAGCAUGCUGAUCUUCUGUGCUGUGUGGGUGGCCUUUGUUCCCGCUUAUGUAAACUCUCCAGGUAAAUAUGCAGAUGCAGUGGAGGUAUUUGCCAUCCUGGCCUCCAGUUUUGGCCUCUUGGUGGCACUGUUUGGACCCAAGUGUUACAUAAUCCUGCUGAGACCAGAGAGAAACACAAAGAAAGCCAUCAUGGGCCGAGAAACCACUAAGUUAUAA